UACGUUUCCAGCUUCCGGUUGGAGUGUAAAUGGAUACAUGACACAGUAGCUUGGUAGAGGAGCUAUCUGGCAGCGCUAACGUCCGUAAAACUACCAACGUGGUGAAACCCUCGUAACGGCUCGCGGUGCCGUGAGGACUCGGCCGCCAUGGAAGCGGUCCCCCGGAUGCCGAUGAUCUGGUUGGACCUGAAGGAGGCUGGGGAGUUCCCGUUCAGUCUGUCCGUGAGACAGUUCAUCCUGAAAAACUAUGGAGAGAAUCCUGACAACUACAAUGAACAGCUGAAGAAACUGGAGACACUCCGGCAGAGUGCCGUGAAUGUGACCAGGGACUUCGAGGGCUGCAGCACACUGAGGAAGUAUUUUGGCCAGCUGCAUUACCUCCAGAGCCGUGUACCAAUGGGAUCAAGCCAGGAGGCUGCUGUGCCUAUUUCAUGGACUGAGAUUUUCUCUGGAAAAACAGUCACCCAUGAUGACAUCAGUUAUGAGCAAGCCUGCAUCCUCUACAAUCUUGGGGCCCUGCACUCCAUGUUGGGAGCCAUGGACAACAGGGUGUCUGAGGAGGGUAUGAAGGUGUCGUGUACACACUUCCAGUGCUCAGCGGGGGCUUUCUCCUACCUGAGAGACCACUUCAGCCACAACUUCAGUGUGGAUAUGAGUCACCAGAUUCUUAACCUCAACAUCAACCUUAUGCUGGGCCAAGCGCAGGAGUGUCUUUUGGAGAAAUCUAUGUUGGACAACAGGAAGAGCUUUUUGGUCGCACGCAUCAGUGCUCAGGUGGUGGAUUACUAUAAAGAGGCCUGCAGAGCCCUGGAGAACUCGGAGACGGCCUCCAUGCUGGGCAAGAUCCAGAAGGACUGGAAGAAACUGGUUCAGAUGAAAAUCUUCUACUUUGCUGCUAUUGCACAUCUUCAUAUGGGAAAACAGGCAGAGGAGCAGCAGAAGUUUGGAGAACGGUUGGCGUACCUGCAGAGCUCCCUGGACAAACUAAAUGAAGCUAUCAAGCUGGCCAAGGGUCAACCAGACAGUGUGCAGGAGGCCUUGAGGUUCACCAUGGAUGUAAUUGGUGGAAAGUUUAAUUCUGCUAAAAAGGACAAUGAUUUCAUCUAUCAUGAGACUGUUCCCUCUCUUGAGACUCUGGCCUCAGUCAAAGGGGCCCCACUGGUCAAAGCUCUACCAGUCAAUCCCACUGAUCCCAGUGUAACUGGACCAGACCUGUUUGCCAAGCUGGUGCCCAUGGCUGCCCACGAGGCUUCUUCCCUGUACAGCGAGGAAAAGGCCAAGCUGCUAAGGGAUGUCAUGGCCAAGAUUGAGAGCAAGAAUGAAACACUUGAGCAGUUCAUGGACUCUCUGGGCUUGGAGCCGGAGUCUGUGGACAACCUGGACAUGUACAGUCACAUUCCUCCGGUCCUGAUGGAGAAGUGUGCUGCUCUCAGCGUCCGACCUGACACCGUCAAGAGCCUGAUCCAGUCCAUGCAGGUGCUCUCUGGUGUGUUCACUGAUGUUGAGUCUUCGCUGAAGGAGAUCAGAGAUGUCCUGGAGGCGGAUGAGGCUGGCGAGCGAGCCCUGCAGGAGGUUGGUGGCCCUGCUGCAGGUGAGGUGCACACAGCGGCGCAGGGCCAGGCUCUGGCUGAGAUCCGAAGGGACUUGGAGAAAUACAUGGAAGCCCAUGAGAAGGCCAGUUUCACCAACACAGAGCUUCACCGGGCAAUGAACCUCCACAUCAGCAACCUGCGUCUGCUGGGGGGGCCACUAGACAGCCUGAGAGAGGCCCUGCCCCACCCUCAGCUCAGCGAAGAGGAAGUAGCAGGAUUACAGUGUAUGAAGCGGAUCCUGGGGAAAGUGCAGGAGAUGAGGGAACAGAGAAGUUCUUUAGAGAAACAGCUUCGUGAUCUUAUUCAGCAGGACGACAUCACGUCCACCCUCGUCACCACAGAGCGAGCUGAUAUGAAGCAUAUAUUUGAAGAGCAGCUGAAGAAGUACGAGCAGGUCAAGGUGUACAUUGACCAGAACCUGGCAGCUCAGGAGAACAUCCUGAAGGCACUGACAGAAGCUAAUGUCCAGUAUGCCUCAGUCCGCAAAGGCCUUAGUCAGACGGAGCAGCAGUGGAACAGCACCGUCCAGGGCCUGGUGGGUUCCUACGAAGCCUACGAGGACCUCAUGAAGAAGUCACAGGAAGGGAAGGAGUUCUACGACGACCUGGAGGCCAAAGCAUCGCGUCUGCUGGAAAGAGCUAAGGCCUUGUGUCAGACCAGGGCUGAUGAGAGGAAGCUUGUCCUGGAAAAAGAGACACAGAAAAAGCCCCCAGCACGACCCACAGCAGCUAAACCCCCCUUGAAGCCAAGGGCUCCAGAUUCUGACUCCAGCAUGGACGACCCAGAGCUCGCCCAGCUCAGUGCAGCCAUCUUGGCUUUGGGGGGAGACCUACCCGAGGAGCUCCGCAGCCUCCCUCCUGACAUUCCGUCCCUCCCCCCUGCUGCUGCUCGUCUGCCUGGUCCAGAGGCCUUCAUCCCUCCUGGCGCUAACCUGGGUGGCAGCAGUUCUCUGCCAUGGCCUGGUGCACCAGGUGCUGGGCUUCCUCGCUUCCCUGUCAACCUGCCGCCUCCAGAGCUCCUAGCUCGUAUAGCUCAGUUCCCUACUUCAGGAGGUCUCGCAGCACAGGGGGCUCUGCCUCAUGGGUCACUGCCUCAAAUGCCCCCACAAAUACCAGCUCAGGCAGCCGUGUCAGGUUAUCGUCCACCCCCUCCUCAAGUUUCUCAGCCAGGCCCUGUUGCUCCUGCACCGGUCCGACCGUCCACCACCACCGUGGACAGCAUCCAGGCCCCUAUUCCAAGCUACGCAUCUACACCACAUCGUCCUGUCCCCACUGUGGCCUCAACAGGUUACACUGUGGCCCCACAGAUAGGAGCCUAUCCCCCUUAUAUCCCCCAGCCAGGGAUGCCCAUUCUAGGCCCGGGUCAGACUCCUGCAACUCAACCACAGCAGCAGAAACAGCAGCAGUAUCCUCAGGCCAUAGGGCAAACACUGCUUCAGGGGUACCAGCCUGGACCCAGAGCUGUUCCUGGACCUCAGCCUCUUCACAGCCAGCAAGCUUACCCUCAUGGAUAUAUGCCACAUCAGCCUGGGGUCCCUCCCCAGUACCAGCAGGCGUUCCCAGGUCAGCUGCAGCCACAUCAACAAAAUGGCUUUCCACCCCAGCCGCAGAUCCCCCAGGGCUACCAGAGCCCACAGGGUUUCCUUCCACAGCACCCUCAGAUGUUGCCGGGCUGCAUGCCGAGGCCACCGCAGGUCCAGAUGCCACAAAUACCGCCAAACUCUCAGCUCACACCUCCAGUAUCUCAACCGUAUCUGCCACAUCCCAACCAACAGAUGCCCCCAGGACUCCCUCACCAACGCGUCCUGCCACAACAGCAACAAAUCUCAGUACCCACUAAUGCUCAGCAGAUUCCUCCCCACCCACAGCUGCAGUUACCAGGAGGUCCCAGGCCUCAUAUGCCCCCCACAAGUCAGACAGUCCCCCCAGUCUCACAGAAUUACAUGCCUUCCACUACCCAGCCUAUUCAUCCCACUCUUCACCCACAGGUGCCUGCUGUCUCUCAGCCACACAUGGUCCCUGGUCCUCAGGUACUCCUGCCUAGAGGACCUCAAAUGCUUCCUAGUGCACUACCUCCACCUCACACUACCCAGCCUGCACAGCCACCUAUACCAAAUAUUCCCCAGCAACCCAUGCAGAUGUCCAGUCAACCCCAGCCUCAGCCCCCGCAUUCUAUGGCAGUUGGUUUCCCUGGGGGGGCUCCAAUGAUGCCUCAGCAGCCCUUGGCCCCACAGCCUGCAGCUCCACAGCAGCCGCAGGCUCCUCUUUCUAUGACCCAUCCACAGCCUUCAGCUAUUUACCCUUCAGCUCCAGGUGCUCCACAGCAAGGCACCGCCCCGGCCAUAAGGCCCCUUAGUCCCCAUGUUCCACCUGCUCCACACAUGAUCCAGCCCUCUAGUGGAGGUCCAACAGUUCAAGCGCCUAAUGCUGUCCCUCCUUCUCCCUCACCUUCUCCCUCUCCAUCUCCUUCUCCAGGCCCUUCCCUGGGUCUGAACGCUCAGCAGAGAGUCACUCCAGCCCCUACACCUGGAGGCACAGCUCCACCCACUCUUCCCUCUCCUUCCACUGCCGCUUCCUCUACAUCGCUCUUUCAUCGUCAGAACUCAAGCACAGAUGACCUCCUCUCAUCUAGCCCAGAGAGCCAGCCAGGGGGCGCCAAGGCUCCCACCAACGUCCUACAACCCACCAAAGCUGACCCGCAGGAUGGCGAACGCCGAAGAAAGAGCUCCCAGGGAGUUCUCCUGAUCCAGGGUGACCCAUACCAGGCUCCAGAGCGUGUUGCCCUACUUCACAGUCAACUGGAACGUUACCGAGCCCAAGUGGACUGUCUGGAGCACCCCUCCGAGUCCGAGGGUGGUCUGUCAGUGCUGGACGCCCGCUGGAAAGAGCUCCAGGAUCAGCAGGAGAAGGACGCCCGACAGCUCUCCAUCGCUAUCGCCCGCUGCUACACCAUGAAAAACCGUCACCAGGAUGUCAUGCCCUACGACUUCAACCGCGUAGUUCUCCAAUCGGGCAAAGACGACUACAUCAACGCUAGUUAUAUUGAAGACUUGUCUCCGUACUGCCCACGCCUUAUCGCCACACAGGCUCCGCUUACUGGCACAGCAGCAGACUUCUGGCUCAUGGUGUAUGAGCAGAAGGUGUCGCUUAUAGUCAUGCUGGUGUCGGAGCAGGAGCUGGAAAAGGGAAAGGUUCUUCGCUACUUCCCAACAGAGCGAGGUCAGCAGCUCUCUCAGGGACCGAUGACCCUCAGCCUAACUACACAGAAGAUAACAUCGACUCACGUGGAGCGGAUGAUCAGCCUGCAGUACCGCGACCAAAGCCUGAAGCGCACAGUCGUCCACCUCCAGUUCACCUCGUGGCCUGAGCUGGGUCUUCCUGACAGCAAGAGCAGCCUGCUGCGUUUCAUCCAGGAGGUUCACGGACACUACCUCCACCAGAGGCCCUUACACACACCUGUGGUGGUGCACUGCAGCUCGGGUGUGGGACGCACCGGCGCCUUCUGCCUGCUCUACGCCGCUCUGCAGGAGCUGGAGGCAGGAAACGGUAUCCCAGACCUCCCAGUGCUGGUGAAGAAGAUGAGACAACAGAGGAAGAACAUGCUGCAGGAAAAGCUCCACCUGAAGUUGUGCUUUGAAGCCGUUUUGAAACACACUGAGCAGGUCCUGCAGCGCCACGGCAUCACAACCGCCACCUGCAGCAAGAACACCAACUCUGCAGCCACCAAGCCUUACACCAGACAGGAGUCGCAGCAGGACAUUGUUCUGGGAGGAGACAUGCCCAUCAGCUCCAUUCAAGCUACAAUCGCCAAGCUCAGCAUCCGGCCUCCCAGUGCCACGGAUCCGUCGAUGGAGGCCUCCUGUAGCCUGGAGGAGCACAUUGGCACCAUUUUACCUGAGAUGCAGCCAUUCCAGGACCCCUCUCCCUUUGUAGAUCUGCAGCUGCCCUCCUCCUUCAGCCCACCACUCUCCUCCCCUACACGAUCGCCGCCUCCACCCAACGGCCUAGAGGCCAUGUCCAGUUGCUCUCCCCCAGCAUCCAACCACCAGACAGCCACAGAGGCUGCGCCCAGCAUCAGCCCGCCUCCUGCUUGCCCUGCUCCAGCGCCGUCGUCUCUGGAGCUGCUGGCCUCACUGACGCCUGAGGCCUUCUCCAUGGAUGGAGGCGGGCGUGGGAAGCAGCGGGUGACCAAGCAAAGCUUCCUACAGCCCGUGGAGGGUCAGGGUCUGCAGGGGACUCGGGACCAAGAAGACGACCCGCUCAGCAGCCUGGACCCACUCUGGAGCCUGGGCAAGCGUUGAUGGCUGCCUUUCACUCACUCCACCACCAGGUGUCAGCAGAGGCCUGACGCGCUUUCUAAUCCUCCUUCUAAGACAAAAAAAAAAAUGAAUCCUGGAAGUGCUGGAGACCUUUAGCAGUGCUGAGUACCAAGAUGUGCCUGGUGGCAGAUGGUAGGAGUCCAGUGGGUGUACGGCCACAGCUUUAGGGGUUGGAAAUCUGAUGCACACGUUUCUCCUUCCAUCGCUGGUGGCUUUUAGGACCAGAUCACUAUGCACUUGUCUACGUCUGUUCAUUCCUCCUGUUGUCGUUUGCUGCUUUUCCUCGUUUGUGAUGGAUGGAAUUUGUUCUGCACUUCCAGCACCAGAGCUGGGCCCCAAAGAAGUCUCAACAUUGGCAGGAAUAGGCUCGAUAAGGCACUGGGGUUUGGAGGUUUAGGUUGCUCCCUUCUGCCCCAGUGAUUGUUUUAAUGACUGGAAUAACAACUGCAUGGAGAAGCAAGCAGGAAACUCUUUUAAAACCCAGUCCAAUCAGUGCUUGUGGCUCAGCCAACAGAGCAGCAUACAAAUCGACACAUCUUAACCAGUUGAUUGUUUUCUUUGUCUGUAACUUUGUAGAUACUUUAAAUAAACUUAGGCUAAUCCAAAAAUCUGGAAUUUUCCCACUAAUCACUGUAAAAACUAUUAAAAUAAAUUCAGUAGACAGA